AUGUCGAAAAAACAAGACUAUGUCGCUAAGAUAAAAUUUCAGAACAACCUGCCAGCACCACUGCUGCCACCUAAGCUAUUGGCUGUUCCCGAACGUCCUGAGGAGAAUGUGGAUUCACCGCAGCUCAUUGACUCUCUUUACGUGAAGACCAAUGUUACCCCAUUGAUUAAAAUCGACAACGAUUUAGGUAUGCCAUUGGAUUUGAUGCAGAUACCGGGCCUUCUUAACCGUCAGGAUAAGAAGUUUCUUUACGCACUUGAUGGUAGCAUCAAACUUCAUCCAGAAGAUCGUGUACUGCUCCGUGAUCCGAGGGUAGAUAGACUAACGAAAACUGAUAUGUCCAAGGUCACAUUCUUGAGAAGGACAGAGUAUGUUUCAUCUUCUAUAACACAAGUCGAUGGUGGUAAGAAACGUGGUGUUAAUGCUCUUGGUAAGAGAAUGAGGAGAGAUUCUGACGAAGCAAUUUUGAAUGCCUCGCAGAUUGUCGAGAAGGUUGAAAGUACAUUCGAAUCUACCGCAAAGAAUCUAGAUAAGUUACAACAUCCAGUCAAAAAGAAAUUGAAGGCUGUGAAGACCUGGAGUCUGUUGCCUGACACUGCUUCUAUGGAUCAAAAUUACUUCACAUUAAGAUUGGUGGGCAGUGCCGCAUUUGAUGCUCAAGAAAAGAAGAAGUUAGCCCUAUCCACAGCCAUUUUCAGGCCAGUAGAGUUGGAAGAGGACGAAUGGAUAUCUAUGUACACCACAGAUGGUAAAGACUCUGAGAACUUAAAGGAUGAUAUGGAAAGAAACUUGGAAGACCAACUGAACGCAGAUGAUAUCGCAGACAAGAAUUACAAAUUUAAGAGAGUAAGGGACUUUGAUAUGAAGCAUGUAAAACAAGCUCAAGAAGGUAUAUCAACUAUAAAUAAUGAAGAUGGUUUCAAUGAACUAGCCAUUGUAUUAAACGAUGAGAGAGGUAUCGCUUUCUACAAGCCUUUGAGAUCCAGAAUUGAAUUGAGACGUAGACGUGUAGCAGAUGCUAUAAGGCCAAUUGUAAGAGAGCAUAACAUUGAUCAAUUGAAUGUUACAUUAAGAAACGCCACUCCAAAGGAGGCUAAUGUGAGAGAUCAUUUGAGAAUGAAGUAUGAUCCUAUCAACUUUGCCGCAGUCGAUGAAGAAGAAUUGGAUGGAGAAGAGCAACAGGAAACUAAAUCUGAAGAACUCCCUAAUGAAGGCGAAACACAAAAUGAGGCAGAAAAAGAUGAAGAUAUUGAUGGAGAUAUUAAUGAAGCGGGAGAAAAAGGAAGAGAUGAAAAUUCACCAAGUGGUAGUAUUUAG